GACGCCGUUUCCCUCAUUUCCACCAUUUUUGAUUCCGAAGCCCGUGAAAGGGUGAGGCGAGUGACUCACGCACAAAAAUUGCAGACAAGAACACAGACACUGACACCGACAGAGACAUAGACACAAACACGCAAACUUCAGCAUACAGAGGGAAGCAGAGACGUAAACCCUGAAAACCCUAACCCGAGCUCAAUGGGUUCGAAGUUCGGCAUGGCGGGUGGGAUUCCAGAGCGUCGCGUUCGACCGAUAUGGGAUGCCGUCGACUCUCGUCAGUUCAAAGCAGCUCUCAAACUUUCCACUGCUUUGCUUGCUAAGUACCCCAACUCUCCUUACGCUCUCGCACUCAAGGCUCUUAUUUUGGAGAGGAUGGGAAAACCUGAUGAAGCUUUAUCUAUCUGCUUAAAUGCCAGAGAACAAUUAUAUUCAGAUGAAGCCGCGCCCAUUGAUGAUCUCACACUCAGCACCAUACAGAUUGUUUUCCAACGUCUUGAUCGCUUGGAUCUGGCUACUAGUUGCUAUGAGUAUGCUUGUGGUAAGUUUCCAAACAACUUGGAACUGAUGAUGGGUCUUUUCAACUGCUAUGUGCGUGAGUACUCAUUUGUGAAGCAGCAGCAGACAGCCAUCAAAAUGUACAAGGUUGUUGGUGAAGAAAGGUUUUUGCUCUGGGCUGUUUGUAGCAUACAGUUGCAGGUGUCUUGUGGGGAUGGAGGAGAGAAGCUGUUAGUUUUAGCUGAAGGUCUGCUUAAGAAGCAUGUUGCUUCUCAUAGCUUGCAUGAGCCAGAAGCCCUUCUUGUUUAUAUUUCUAUCUUGGAACAGCAAGCGAAGUAUGGUGCUGCUAUUGAAGUUCUCUCUGGGAAAUUGGGAUCUCUUAUAGCAAUUGAAGUUGAUAGGCUCCGCAUGCAGGGAAGACUUCUAGCUCGGGCGUGUGACUAUGCUGCUGCUGCAGAGAUCUUCCAGAAAGUUUUAGAAUCAUGCCCUGAUGAUUGGGAGUGUUUCCUAAAUUAUUUAGGAUGUUUACUGGAGGAUGACAGCAGCUGGUGUGGUGGGACCAUCAAAGAUCAAAUCCGUCCUCCAAAAUUUAUGGACUGCAAGUUGUCCCACUUGACUGAUGAAGUGUUCGAUUCACGCGUAUCAAAAGCAUCAUGCUUUGUGCAAAAUUUACAAGAGGAGGCCAACAAUGAUUCUAUAAGAUGUCCUUAUUUGGCGACUCUUGAAAUUGAAAGGAGGAAGCAUCUGUAUGGAAAAGGUGAUGUCGUCAAAAUAAAGGAGGCUUUAUUAAAUUACUUUUGCAGGUUUGGUCACUUGCCUUGCUUCACAUCUGACGUUGAGAUGUUUCUCGAAUUAUUAACUGAUGAUGAAAGGGUUGAGUUCCUUGAAAAGAUAAGGAGAAGUUGUGACUCCUCAUCAGUGCCAGUAAAGGCACUUGGACAAUCAAUUAGCAUUUUUAAACUCCAGGAGUUAUUCGGAACCAUGUUCAAGCUCCCUAUUGGUGUGCUAGAGGAAACUGCCGUACAAAUGACAAAGAUGUACUGUAAAAAUCUUCAACUUUCAAGGGAUUUGGAUCCACAAGAAAACAUGCAUGGUGAAGAACUUCUAUCUAUGGCAUGCAAUGUGCUGGUCCAGUUAUUCUGGCGUACCAGGAAUAUUGAUUAUUUGCUGGAGUCCAUUAUGGUUCUGGAAUUUGGCUUGACUAUACGAAGAUAUGUCUGGCAGUACAAGGUUCUGUUGGUGCACUUAUAUUCACUCCUCAAUGCCCUUCCAUUAGCAUAUGAAUGGUAUAAAUCAUUGGAGAUAAAGAAUAUCUUGUUGGAAACAAUAUCACACCAUAUUUUACCUCAGAUGUUAAUGUCACCACUUUGGGUUGAUUUAGCUGACCUUCUAAAGGAUUAUCUCAAGUUUAUGGAUGACCACUUAAGAGAAUCUGCUGAUCUAACAUUUCUUGCGUAUCGCCAUCGGAAUUAUUCAAAAGUAAUUGAGUUUGUCCUGUUCAAAGAACGAUUAGAACACUCUAAUCAGUAUUUAUUGGCUAGGCUUGAAGCUCACAUUUUGCAACUAAAGCAGAAAUCACACAAUAUUGAAGAAGAAGAGUGUAUUCUUGAAAGUUUGAGCUCUGGGGUUCGUUUGCUUGAGCUCUCAACUAAUGAUGGAUGUAAGCCUUUGACCUUCAAUGAAGAUAUGCAGUCACGACCAUGGUGGACGCCUUCCCCAGAUAAAAACUAUCUUCUAGGACCAUAUGAAGAAGGCUCCUUCUGCCAUCAAAAUGACUUGCGGCAGCAACUACUAACAAAGGAAAAGGAAGCAGAUGCAUGCAAAAUCUUUGAGAGAAGAUCCCUUCUUCCUCGGAUGAUCCAUCUAUCUAUCCAGUGUGCAUCAUCCCUCAAGGAAAAUGUUGAAGCCAAUGGCUCUAUGCCUGAUAAUAAGAGCUCCGCAGAGCUGAAGUCUUUGCUCGAACGGUAUGCGAAGAGUCUGGGCUUUCUUUUCAGUGAUGCAUUAGAAGAAAUUUUCGCGAUUGCAGAAGGCCAACAAUCUUUUGAGGUUUUUAAUUUGGAGAUGGUUGACUGGAUGAACUUUGCUGUGUUUUUGAAUGCAUGGAACUUGGGUUCACAUGAACUUGAGCUUCCAGAUAGGGAGGGAUGCUUGCUGGAUUCGUGGCACAUCGUGGAUAGCAUGAUUGAGAGAAUCACCCUUGAGAAGCUCAGAUCCUUGCAACCUAUAAUCAGAUCUCCAGGAGGCGAUCUAUCAGUUCUGUUACAGAUAGUGACUGAACCCUUGGCUUGGCACAGUCUUGUUGUCCAGUCUUGUGUUCGGUCUAUGCUUCCAUCUGGAAGAAGGAAGAAAAAAAGUGGGCCUGCAGAUCAGUCAAGCUCCUCGCUGUCUCGGGUUGUACGUGGUUCAAUCCAGUCAAUGCAUGGUGUAAUAGAAGAGGUCUCAAAAUGGUUAAGGGAACAGAUCAUGAGGCCGGAGGAUGAAAAUUUGGAUACACUACUGUCUUCUCUACGUAGGGAAGGACUUAACGAAGGGCCUGGGCAGGUUCUCCAGAUUCUAGAGGCUUUGGCCUCCACAGGUGAUCCGGGAAUUGGUAAUCGAAUUUCUCAAGCAUUACAGUCAUGGAAUACAAUAGAAGUUGCAAGGAAAAUAUUGGUCAGCCAGUCUUCUGUACUCUCUGAGUUCCUUCAAAUAUGUGAAUCAAAAUUGAAGCUGUUGCAGGCAUUGAAACAGCAAUUAUAAUCUACAAGGGUGUCAGAGGUAGAUUACCACUAGUGUUCCAAAGAGUUGUUCAAUGCUAUGUCAAUCUUGCUGCCUUGGAGUGGCAGAUCUGGUCCCAGCUUCCUUCUUCCCUGGAGGAUGGUAAUAUAAGAGUUUUGAGUGAGCAUGUAUUUCAUGUUUUAUGUUUCGGAAAGUGUUUCAACAGGGCAAUAUCCAAUGACUAUGUUAUUGGCCUUUGUAUUUUGAUUUGACUGCUGUACAUUUCUUUCAUUCUUUUUAACCUCUUUGCCAGUCCAAUGUUUGUUUUGACAAAUUUUUCCCCUUAUAUUUUUCUAUUGCAGAGAAAAUGUACACUAAAUAAAACUCAGAGGGAUCUUAUUUA